AUGAACAUGCUUUUGAACAUACGGAGAGCUUUCGGACCAAAUAAUUUGUACAAAUUUCAAGCAGUAAAAGACGAGAUACGUGAAUUAUUCAAUCAUAUAAAGAAAGCGAUAAAUCAAUUAAAAUCAGUGAUUAAUAAAUUACAAACACGUGUGUCGUCUUUCGAACAACUUCAUGACAACGAAAAUGAAAUCAAAACGGGAAAUAUAGCAGCACAAUUGAGAGUGAAGUUGGUGCGUUAUCUAAAACCGUCAUUGACACAUCGUCAAGCUCGUGAUGAAUAUGUCGACAGAUUUCAAUCAGUUGCAAAAUAUCAAGAACUAGAUCAAUUGAUCAGAACACAAAAUUCAGAAUUAUCAGUUUCUAACCUGGAAAAUGAUGUAGAAAAAUCUGCCGAGAGAUAA